UGAAGCUUUUAUUGUGAAGGCUCGUCUCUGAGCUCCUGUCAGCAGCAGCAGCUGUUUGGGCCGAAGUCUCUGCUUCAUAGCCUCUAAUGUCUCGUAGUUUUCGCUGCAUUUCGACCUGACUGCUGAGCGGUUCUGUUCCGUUUACCGUCUCCUCUCACGGCCUCUUCUCGCCGUUAGCUGUGCUCGGUUACAGCUGUGUUCGGUGCGGUCGUCGGUUCACGGACGAUGGUUCUGUCUGCAUCACAACAAGUCGCUCUGGCUUUCACGGCCGUCCUCUUCACGUUCGUCGUCCUGCCGAGGCUGUUCGGUGUCGGCGGGGGAACCGCGGCCAAGGACGCUAAAUUCGACUCUCGUUACACCAGAAAAGCAGGUCCAGGCCCGGGUGCAGUGAGAGGUCAGCCCAUCAAUGUGAACGGCCCCGGCUCACAUCAGACCCCCGAGAACUUGCAGCAGAUGAAGAAACGGAUGGAGCAAGAGCUGAAGAGUGACAAAUAUAAAUCCAACAGCAACAAGGGCUACGUGUUCACACUGAUGCCUCUCUACGCCAUCGGAGUUGGAGUGUUUGCAGCCUACAAGUUUCUGAAGAUCAAGUCUGCGGAUGACAAGGCACAAAAGGACAAAUUUGCAAAAGGGGCCAAAAAAUCAGUGGAGGCAGAGAACCAGUUGAAUGAGCUGGAACAAAGGCUGGCACAGACAGAAAGGAUGCUCAACUCCAUCCUCACCCAGCUGGACCCGCUGACUAACUGUGUGAAGUCGGUGGCUCAGGACCAGAAGAAUGAGAUCAUGUCUCAACUCCAAACCAUCCGGUACCUGAUGAAGAAGAGAGGAAUGGACUGUCCACCCCUCAACAUCAACGAAUCCUCCUGUGAGCGUAAUCUGGACGACCUCAUCGAGUCCCUCGGGGCCAGCGACGCCACAGCCGACAAACAAUCCUCUGCAGUAACGGCAGAGGCUUCUAAAAAAGUUUAUGAGAAGCAUUCAGAAGCUCGAGAUGAUGCAGCAGCAGAAGGUGAGGAGAUGAAGGAGCUCAGACCAGAGGAAUCUGACGGGGAGGCAGCAAUCGAAGAAGAGGAUGUGGAGGCAGAUGAGGAGGAGGAGGAUGACAGAGCAGCAGAGGAGGAGGAGGAGGAGGAAGGAUUGGAGCACUCUGAGCUCAUGCCUUCUCUAGAAGACUUGUAUGAGACAAACAUUGAGGAGGUUGGAGCGGAUCAGCUGGCAUCAGGCCUCAGGCGACGCAACAGGCCUGAGUGAACUCACAGCAGGACUUCUGCACUGUACAGAAAUGUGACAGAUUAUUAUGAAUAUUUAUUAUGGCAAAUGCUUUCAUUCCAACAAGCUGUCUGCACAUGCAUCCAUAUCAUAUAAUGCAUUCAUUAGGAGAGGAAAGUGCUUUAACCGCAAACGCACAGGGCUCUAUUUUUGUGUUCCAGUCACUCAGACCAGCACAGAUUCAUUAGGAGAGGAAAGUGCUUUAACCGCAAACGCACAGGGCUCUAUUUUUGUGUUCCAGUCACUCAGACCAGCACAGAAUCAUAACGUCACUGAAGGCGUCACAUCUUUUAGCUCGGUGUGCUUUAUGUAGAAAGGUGUCAGUGAAAUUGGAGUGAAAAUUUAAAAUGUUAUGUUUGUGGCAAUAUAGGAGCAGAUGUCAGAUCAAAGAUGAAAACAUAAAGUCUUAGUAGGAUGUUAGAAAGCUCUUUGUCAUGGAUUCUCCAAAGUUGUGGAGCUCUAUGGAUUUAGAGGUGUAAUCAGGGUGGUGGGAAGAAUCAUAUUUUCUGGGAUAUAUUCCACAAAGAAAUGUCCAUGAAUCCACCUCAAGAUCAUCCUUAGUACCCAAGAACUUGCCUGCGAACGUACAUGUUUUUAGGUUUUCGUCAGUGUCACAGUAACACAGUGAUAGUUGUCAUGGGUUCACUGGAAACACGAACGUUUAAUUACUUUUAAGGGUGCCAGUUUGCGAGAAAUAUAUAAUUUCUAGCUAACAGCUCACUGAGUGACUUAAUGCUAAACUAAAGGAAAUGUGGAGCUGUAAUUCCCAAAUCAAAUAAGAUCGAAUUAUAGCAGUGACGAAACCAUUAAUGUUAUUUUUUUUAGAUUGCACAUUCAAUAUUAAAGCUUAAAUGAAGUAAUCCCCUGUAACCCCAGCUCUGUUCCUAAAUAUUAUAUGUUAGAUGUAACUCUACAACAGGGGUGUCAAACUAAUUCAGUUCAGGGGCCACAUUCACUCUGAUUUGAUCUAAAGUGGGCCAGACCAGUAAAAUCACAGCAUAAUAACCUAUAAAUAACCACAACUCCAAAUGUUUUUAUUUUAGUGUAAAAAAAAAGUACAUUCUGAAAAUGUUCACAUUGAUUUACCAAAGCAGUAUGAACAAACUGAGGUUGCAAUAAGUACAAUUUCAGCAAUAUUAUGCACCAACUAUAUAGUUCAAAUUGCAAUUAUUUUUCUUUAAAAAAUUCAGAUUGUUCAUUAUAUUUGUAAAAACAAAAGUUUGUUAAAUGUGAAUGUUUUCAGAAUGUACCGUUUUACACUAAAUCAAAGGGAAAUAUUUGGAGUUGUGGUUAUUUAUAGUUUAUUUUGUUAUGAUUUUACUGGUCCAGCCCAUUAGAGAUCAAACUGAGCUUCGUGUGGCCCCUGAGCUAAAAUGCCUUUGACACCCCCGCUCUACUGGGCUGGUUUUGGCCCGCAGGCCUUAUGUUUGACACUACAUUGAAUCUUUCAGAAUCUGCAAGUCCCUGCCUCGUGGUGCCGACUGUGUGUUUGGCUCAUAAUGUAUCCUCUAGUAUAGAAAAAACACCAUAUGGACAUGCUAACAAGGUGAAAAAUGGGAUUGUCAUCGGAAAGGGUCUUUAAUAUGGGUGUUAGAGGCGAGGCCAGACAGAAAUUCCCAUUCUCAAGGAUUCUGUUGUCACAUUUUUGUCCAUACUUGACCUUUACUGAAUGAACCAACCUGAAUGACACCUUAAUUUUCAUCUCCACCUUGUCUUACUCACAGAAAGCUGUACUAAAACACGUAUGCAUGAUGUGAAGUAUGCUUCACACUCUCACAACACAAUCUGUUGCCGUAAAUAACAGCUUAUUUGUAGGAAACUGGAGACAAACCUUUGCCUUGGAGGGGGGUGUGAGUUUGAAACAUCCCAACAUAACAACUUGUUUCAGUUUUUGUGCUGACGUAAAAAUAGAGCCAACACCAUCCUUCACAGUUCUGUUGUCAUUUUAUAACAUUAAUAUUAAUAUUUUACAACAGAUUUUGUUUAUAUGCACUUAUUAGUUGUUUAAAUUUACACCUGCCUGGAUGCUGAAGCCAAACAUUUCAAUGACAUAUAAUCCAAGAGGUUAUUUCACGUCUGUCUGCCUUUAACCUUCUACUGGGUACUGAUGAUGCAUUCAGGUGCUCAUCCUGCUCUUGACAGCUCCAGAUGUCUGCUGUGGUUCCACUUUGUUUCUCCCUGAUUCCUGCUGUAGGACAUGAGCUUGAGAGUUUUGGGCUUUUGCAGCUUAAUCCUGCACCGUACUGCACUGCCACCCUCAGGUUGCUGUUGGAAUAGAAAGAAUCCAACCAGUGCCAGGUAUGAUUAUUCAGUUCACACUACUCCUGUAUGAGGUUUGAGAAAACUGUGGAGUCUUACUAUGAAAAUGCCCUGUUUUUGUUCUAAAUAUAUCUUAAAUGGACUGACACUAAUGCUGCUGCUGGUUGCUGUUUAGGCUGCAGAAUAUAACCGUGUAUCGUGGAGGUGUGAAUUCAGGCUCGUGGCAUGUUUGUUUAUACAUCAAAACAUAACUGCAUGUUUUUCAUUUCUUAGAGUUUUAUUUGUGUGCACAUCGUGACUGCAUGACAUUUGAAUUUAGGAGGAUUGACUAUCAUUUCGUCAGCCAGAAAUGCAUUAUCUCACAUUUUUCUGCUUUUUUUUUUUGUUUUUAAAGUGGAUUUUUUUUUUUAGUAGGUUUUGAUUGUUCGAUACUGACUUCAUUUAAAUCUUUGCCUUAAAUUUCAGUUAUUUAUUUGAAAUAGUAAUGAUGAGCGCUCACUGUGGUUGUUUCUAUGCUGUCUGUUGGCUAACAUACAUCUAGCUACUCUAAAUUUCCAAAUAACAGACGUUUUUUAAGUCCGGAUUUAAAAAGGAGAGCCAAGUACCAAGGUACCAAACAGCACAUUCAUAACUGUGAGUAUGACUUCCAGAGUAACAUUAAAGGGGAACUUCGUUUUUUUUCAACCUGGGGUCUGUUUUCAUAUGUCAUUUCAUACAUAUGAGUGAUGGAGAAAUGACUUUUCAACAUAGCUCCAGUAUUUAGCCAGGCAGGCAGCUUAGCAGCUCAGCUAGCAGCUCGGCUAGUGAAAAGUAUGGGGCAACUUGCCCCCCCCCCCUGCGUCAAAGUCUGCCCUAACGUGCUUUUUUUCCCCACACUGACCGGCUCAGAUAGUCUCAACGAGUGUCCCACAACAUACCACAGAUGAGAAGUGAACGAAAACCUCCACAUUACCUGGCGAUCGCUCUUUGUUGUGGUCUGUAUCCAAAUCUCAGGACGCGUCAAAACACCGGUUUUGUCGCAAGCUAUCGCGCGAUUUCGGAACGAGAUUUGCUUUCUAACGUCCUGAGAUUUGGAUACAGACCACAACAAAGAGCGAUCGCCAGGUAAUGUGGAGGUUUUCGUUCACUUCUCAUCUCUAGUAUGUUGUGGGACACUCAUUGAGACUAUCCGAGCCGGUCGGUGUGGGGAAAAAAGCACGUUAGGGCAGACUCAAUAUAUUUGAUCACUUCCACAUCUUAUGCCCAUGUCUGUUACAGAUUAGCACAAAUCUUUGAUAAAACUUUGUGAUAGUAGCCCAAAUGUUAAUGUGGUAAAAAUUACUGGACAUUACUGUAUUUAGCCAAAUUAGAUGCCCCUGUAAUAUAACAUUUAUUGUGAGGUGAUAUUAAACCAAAGCAUGACUUCUUACUACUGUCCAGUCAUUGCCUUACAUUGAAAGAUCUGAUCUGUAGAUGCAGGAUGUUUGGUUCAGCCUCAUAUUUUCACUGUUCACUCCUGAUUUCUGACAUUACACAUUAGAUUUAUUGCCACAACUUGGAAACUGCAAAUCUUUGCCUUAAUUUGCCUGUAUUUAAUAGUUGUUUUGUAUAUUUUAAUUCCCUUUAUGCAUAUUUACACUUCUGUGUUGAAUGUUGUGUGUGUCAUGUGGCUGCUGAGUGAACAGACUCAGUUUGCCUUAGUAGAAAAUAAAACAAAACCAAAAAAUA